UAAACAGCGUCCUUGUCGGCGAAAUCGAAAACGAGAACACCAAGGGACAACUCGGACAGAGAGAAAUUCACGGACAACAAUAUUAUUCUUUACACCAACGACCAUGCGUGCGGCAAGAUUCUAUGGGAAAGAAGAUAUCCGCGUGGAAGAUGUGGAGAAGGCCAGUUGCGGGGUGGGGCAAGUGAGGAUCGCCCCCGCCUACGUCGGGAUAUGUGGUACCGACCUUCAUGAAUACCUCGGAGGCCCCAACUUCGCCCCAGUCCCAGACAAACCGCAUCCCAUAACAGGAGACGCCGUGCCUAUAACCCUAGGCCACGAAUUCAGCGGCACCAUCACCGAACUCGGACCGAAUCUCACCUUCCCACAAUCUAUUCCCCUGAAGAUCGGCCAGCGCGUCGCCAUCCAACCAACUCUGUACUGCGGGGAAUGCAGCGCCUGCACCGCAGGCGUGGAAAACGUCUGUUACAACGGCGGAUUCGUAGGCUUGAGCGGCGGCGGAGGGGGAUUGAGCGAUUCCGUUGUCGUGCCUGAGCAUUGUGUGUUACCCUUGCCGGACAACGUUCCCCUGGAUAUUGGCGCUCUCGUGGAGCCAUUGAGCGUGGCAUGGCAUGCGAUCUCCGCAGCGCCUCUUACUCCUGAUUCCGUCGUGCUGGUUCUCGGUGGUGGGCCGAUUGGUCUUGCCAUCGUGCAAUGCCUGAAGGCGCUCAAGACUAGGAAGAUCAUCAUGAGCGAAGUUUCUAAAGCGAGACAGAGGUUCGCGAGAGAGUUUGGUGCGCACCACGUGCUCGAUCCGAAGACUUAUGAUCUGAUUUCCAUAAGUAAGGAGUUGAGUGGGAGUGAUGGCCCGGAUGUCGUAUUCGAUUGUGCGGGUGUACCGGCGAGUCUGAAGACAGCGUGUCUGGCGGUCAAGGCGCGAGGGACAGUGGUGAAUGUUGCAAUUUGGGAAAAGGAGGUCCCCUUCCAGCCGAAUAUGCUGGUUUUUAGGGAAGCCAAGUACACAGCUGUGCUGGGAUAUCAGAGGAAGGAUGUACAAGCUGUGAUAGAUCAUUUGGCAGAUGGCACUCUUCAACCCGCAAACAUGAUAACUAGUAAGAUACAACUGGAGAACAUCGUCGAGGAUGGUAUCAAAGCUUUGAUAAAGGAUAAGGAGAGUCAUGUCAAAAUCUUAGUAGAGGUAGGAGGUGGUAUAUAGAUUUUUCUUCAACAUCAAAAUAUCGCAAAACUGCCCUAUCACUGAAUGUCAUGUAAAACCAUUCUUCUCAAUAUUUGUUGAUAAUAUUCAUAUAGAGAACUAAACUAUUGAUGUUGUCCUAUCCUCAGGGUCCGGUUCAUUUGGAAGAGAAUCUCAUCAUGAGGUUAUGCUAAGUGAAGUCCAAAAGUGGAUUCAAUCAACUCUUCGAUGCUAGGAUGUCAUAAAAUCGUAUGUCGCCGAGAGUU